AUGGGAUCGUCCGAAGCGUCGUUGUGGAGCUUCGAUUCGCCAAUGAUAUAUCUCUUCGGAGGAAUAUUUGUAAUACUUGGUCUGAUAACCGCGUCGUUGAUAAUUCUCGUGUGUUCUCAACGAAAGCGACGAUUGGGUGGCGAUGGUGGCAGAGACAUCGAAAGAGGUGAUGAUGAGAAGGCUGCAACGGUGGCGUACAACGGUGGUGAUUGUUCAGAUGUCCGCCCCAAACUGGUGGUUAUCAUGGCCGGAGAUGAAGUUCCGACAUAUUUAGCGACACCAUCUGAUGUUGUCACCGGAGAUACUCAUGUUUGUUAG